GGGACGCUGCACGCUGGUCUCUCGUUGGAUCGAUAGCGUGUGGAGCAGCGCUGCUGAUGGUGGGCGGUCGGAUGCUCAGGUUGCCCACCGACUUCCAACAUAAGAUGGUUACGAGCUUCACGCUGUGACCCUUCAGAGUUCCACCUAGUUCUAGACAAAGUGGAACUGGAGCCGGAAGCCGGGCUUGCAGCAGGAUCGCAGAGUUGCCGUGGCCAUGCUGUCCGGAAUACGCGGGGCCAUGAGGCCGUGCGUGACUGCCGCCGCCCGCUGGGUCCACACCAAGGAGAAGGGCAAGCCGCUCAUGCUCAACCCUCGGACAAACAAGGGCAUGGCAUUCACCCUGCAGGAGAGACAGAUCUUGGGGCUUCAAGGCUUACUGCCGCCCAAGAUAGAGACCCAGGACAUCCAGGCGCUGAGAUUCAAACGCAACCUGGAGAAGAUGACGGAUCCGCUGGAGAUGUACAUCUACCUGAUGGGGAUCCAGGAGAGGAACGAGCGUCUGUUUUACCGCGUGCUCAUGGAGGACAUCGAGCGGCUCAUGCCCAUCGUCUACACCCCCACGGUGGGGCUGGCCUGCACUCGGUACGGCCACAUCUUCCGGCGGCCCAAGGGCCUAUUCGUAUCCAUCCUGGACAGAGGACACAUACGGUCUAUCUUGGACAACUGGCCCGAAACCAAUGUCAAGGCGGUGGUCGUGACGGACGGGGAGCGUAUCCUUGGCUUGGGGGACCUCGGUGUGUAUGGCAUGGGCAUCCCCGUGGGCAAGCUGUGCCUCUAUACAGCCUGCGCCGGGAUCAGGCCGGAGAGCUGCCUGCCUGUGUGCAUCGACGUGGGAACUGACAAUGAGAUGCUGCUGAAGGACCCCUUCUACAUGGGUCUGUACCAGAAGAGGGAUCGCUCCCAGCUCUACGACGACCUCAUUGAUGAGUUCAUGGAGGCUGUCGUGGAGAAGUACGGCCAAGACACGCUGAUUCAGUUUGAGGACUUCGGGAACCACAACGCCUUCCGGUUCCUGAGGAAAUACCGGGAGAAGUACUGCACUUUCAACGAUGACAUCCAGGGCACUGCAUCGGUCGCUCUGGCUGGGCUGCUGGCUGCUCAGAGGGUCAUCGGGAAACCCAUCACUGAACACAAGGUGCUCUUCCUGGGCGCUGGAGAGGCUGCUCUGGGUAUCGCCAACCUGAUCGUCAUGGCUAUGAUGGAGGCUGGUGUGUCACAGGCGGAGGCGAGGAAGAAGAUCUGGAUGUUUGACAAGUACGGACUUCUGAUGCAGGGUCGAGCACAGGCGAUAGAUAGUAACCAGGAGGUGUUUGCUCACCCGAGCCCAGGAGAUGUUCAGAGCUUCCUGGACGCAGUGAAUACCAUAAGACCAACCGCUAUCAUUGGCGUGGCUGGAGCCGGACCGCUCUUCACCAGAGACGUCCUCGCCGCCAUGGGGACCCUGAAUGAACGCCCCAUCAUCUUUGCCCUGAGCAACCCCACGACCAAAGCCGAGUGCACAGCUGAAGAUGCUUACAGCCUCACACAGGGGCGGUGUCUUUUCGCCAGUGGAAGCCCGUUUGCACCUGUGACUCUGAGCGAUGGCCGUGUGCUCACACCUGGGCAAGGAAACAAUGCUUACAUAUUCCCUGGUGUGGCCUUGGCAGUGAUCCUUAGUGGGGUGCGACACAUCAGUGACACCAUCUUCCUGCAAGCUGCCAAGGCUCUGGCUGAGCAGCUGACCGAUGAGGAGAUGGGUCAGGGUCGACUGUACCCACCCUUGUCCAACAUCCGAGAAGUAUCUAUCCGAAUAGCAGUCAAGGUUGUGGAGUACGUCUACGCCAGUGGGAUGGCCUUCCACUACCCUGAGCCACUGGACAAGGAUUGCUUUGUCAGGGCUUCUGUGUGGAACACCCAGUAUGACUCCUUCCUUCCUGAGAUCUACGAGUGGCCAGGCACCUCCCACCUUCCCCCUAAAAUAGAGUAGAGGACCUGAAGGAGACAGAGGGAGGGUGUCGGUGGCUUGGCAGGAAGAGGAUGGAAACAAUGGCCUCCACCACUCCUGCAGUCCAGCUUGUUCUGGGCUCUUAGUUUCUCUGUGCUCCUGAGCACCUGUCCAUGUUAAAAGUUUUGAACACUCCACAUGUGUGUUUUAGAAAACUUCCUUCUUGACAUGUGGGUUUUUAAAAAGCACUGCACUGUAAUGAUGCCUGUAGAGCCCUUUUUUCUAAGGUACACAGUGUUGUCUUGUCCUACAGCAGGGAACUGCAGUCCAUGAAGGGCACCAAGACAGCUUGUAGUCCUUGAACUGAAGGUCCCCACAUGUCCAGCAGUGAAGUUCCAUUUCUGUACGUGUCCUCAGCCCAGUUUUGUUCUUUGUGUUCAGAAAAUUUAGUUAUUAAAUUGACAUUUGAAGGGCUGACCUCUGUUUUAUGUAUCUAGAAUUCAGUUGCUUGUCCUAUUGGUUGUGUUGUAAUUAAAGUAUUACAACAUUGAAAAA